UAUGAAUUCUAGUGAAUCAGAAGAUCAAGAUAUCAAUAUUGAAGAAGAAGAAUUAAGCAAGCCAAUCUUAUAAGUAUAGUCUGCAAAAGGAAUGGAAAUUCAAGUACUUAUUAAUAUAUUAAUAUAAAACAGGAAAAUUCAGAUCCAUUCAAUGGAACCUUUGUGUUUUUUGAUGAAGAUCAUACAUUAGGAAAUUCAUUACGUUAUAUUUUAGCAAAUUAACCAAAUGUUGAAUUUUGUGGUUAUAGUUUACCUCAUCCUAGUGAAAAUAAAAUGAAUCUGAGAUUAUAGACAAUGAAUGAGACAAAAGAAAAAGUUAUGAAUGAUGGAUUAAAAUGCUUAUCAUAAAUUUGUGAUAUAAUUGAAGAUAAAUUCAAAUAAGCUUUAGAAAAGAAAUGA